UAGAAAAGCAAUGCAGAACAGUAUACGAAGGUGGAAGUGAUAAGUAACGUGAGAUAUGGAUUGGCGGAUAGGGUUUUGAUUUUGAACACAAGAAGAAGAAGAAGAAGAAGAAACUGAAAGUAGCUAUUACAAUCUCUGAAACUGAAAAAUUGAAUGAUUAAAGAAUCACAAUGGUGCGUGGAAGCGCUGUCAUGGCGAGACUCACUCCCAUUUUCUCCAUACUCACGCAUUCUCAUUUCCGUCGUCAAUUUCUCUUUUUCUCCAAUCCUUAUUACUAUUCAUACCCCCUCAAACAAACAUUUCACCCUUCCACCAUCAACACUUUAGCUCAAACACCCAAUCAUAAUUCCUCAUCCAACCCAACCACUGACAUCACUAUCAAACUUUCAACCAAAGCAAGAAGAAAAGCUGCUCAAGAAUCACCCCAAGGAAUUUUACAAAGGAGCCUUAAUAAUUGUUCUCAUACUGGUGAUCUUCUUCAAGCACUUCAUCUCUACGACGAGGCUCGUAAAUCAUCUGUUCCUCUCAAUCUUGAACAUUACAAUAAAUUAUUAUACCUUUGUUCUGUUCAAAAGGGUCAUAACGAUGAUACUGCAAGUGUUUCACAUUUGGGUCUUCAAAGAGGGUUUGAGAUUUUUGAACAGAUGUUGAUUGACCAAGUUCAACCCAAUGAAGCUACUUUUACUAAUGCUGCUAGGCUUGCUGCUGCUAAGGAAGAUCCUGAAAUGGCUUUUCAGUUGUUGAAACAAAUGAAGUGUGCUGGAAUUGCACCUAAGUUGAGAUCUUAUGGUCCUGCUCUUUAUGGAUUUUGUAAGAGAGGGGAUGCUGCCAAAGCUUAUGAAGUCGACGCUGAUAUGAUUGAAUCCGGUCUUAUGGCUGAGGAGCCUGAGCUUUCUGCUCUUUUGGAAGUUAGUAUUGGUUCCAAGAAUGCAGAUAAGGUGUAUGAGAUAUUGCAUCGCUUGCGUGCUGUGGUUAGACAGGUGUCUCAGUCGACUUUGGAGAUAAUUGAGGGUUGGUUUCACUCUGACUAUGCCAAGAAGAUUGGGAAGAGGAAUUGGGAUGCUGAGAAAAUAAAAGAAGGGAUUUUGCUGGGAGGUGGAGGAUGGCAUGGACAGGGGUGGCUUGGAAGUGGGAAAUGGAAGGUUGUAAAGACUCAUGUGGACGAGGAUGGAAUGUGUCUUUCGUGUGGUGAGAAGCUUGUGAGCAUUGAUAUCGAUCCGAAAGAGACCGAAAUGUUUGCUGCCUCGCUGUCUAAAUUGGCUUGUCAAAAAGAAGUUAAGGCAAACUUUAAUCAUUUUCAGAAGUGGCUUGAGAAACAUGGCCCGUUUGAUGCAGUUGUAGAUGGUGCAAAUGUUGGACUUGCAAACACUCGCGAUUUUAGCUUUACACAGCUUAAUUAUGUUGUUCAACAAUUGCGUCAAAUGAGCCCUUCAAAGAGAUUGCCACUUAUAAUUUUGCAUGUAAAUCGAGUAACUGGUGGUCCUGCUCAGAAUCCAAAAAACAAGAGACUUAUAGAAAAUUGGAAAAAAAAUGGUGUUCUUUAUGCUACUCCCCAUGGUUCAAAUGAUGACUGGUACUGGUUAUAUGCCGCAGUUAAUUGUAAAAGCUUACUUUUGACAAACGAUGAGAUGAGGGACCACUUGUUCCAACUACUGGGUUCUAGCUUUUUCCCGAGAUGGAAGGAAAAGCACCAGGUUCGAGUAUCAACCUCAAUUCAUGGAGUUUCCCUAGUUCUACCUCCUCGUUAUUCACUAGUUAUUCAGGAAUCAGCCAAUGGUAGUUGGCAUGUGCCAACAGUAGCUAGUGAUGAUCCUGAGAUCCCAAGGAAAUGGUUAUGUGUCACUAGAUCCAGAAAAAACUCAUUACAUAAUCUAUGGACAUCAACCUCGACAUCUGGUGGCAGUUAAGGAGGAAGAGGGAGUGUUUUGAUCUUUUUGGUGUGUUUGCAGUAGUCAUUCAAGUUUUCUCUCACCUGGAAUUGCAGUUGCAUGCGGCUGUGAUAAUUGCAAGGCGUAAAACAGGCAAGUUUAAGCAGUAUUAAGCGAGGAGUGGGUAUCUGAAAUCAAUUUGUCCCAUAUAUAUUUUGCCCAAGAAUCUCAGAUAAAGUAGCAUUAAGUUUAUAUUGGAGUGACUGAUUUGCUACCACUUCAGUCUUCCUUUAACCAUUGUUGUUAAUUUAGAAAAAAAAAGGGUAACAGCAUUGUUGUGCUAAUACUAUGUACAAUGAAUAUCCUACAAAUAUGCAGUUAAUUGAGUGUUAGGGAUGAUUAUUAUUAGGACGCUGAGUUCACAAAAUAAAUGUAUACAACUUUUUGACCCAUUUAAAUUAUUAAUUUAUUCUAUUCACGGA